AUGGGUAUCUAUUAUAACAUAUCCAAAUUUCAGCUCAAUUGGAUAAAUCUGGAGCCCUCAGCAUGUCAAAGACUGAACCAAGUUCACAGAAAUGUCAUGUUGGCUGCCAGCACAUUUAAUAUGUCUACAUCCCUAGAGCCACGUGCUAAGUAUGGGCAGCCACACAUGGGAGUCAAAUCAGCUCAGGAACUCAGAAGGAUGAACAAAAGUCAAGAUUUCCAUAAAGAAACCAUACCAAAGCAUGUACUUGGCAGCUGGAGCAGUUGGCAAGUAUGGGCAGCUGGAGCAGUUGGCAUGUAUGGGCAGCUGGAGCAGUUGGGAGCAGCUAAGUGA